UGUAAGUUGCAAUUGUGGCUCUGGGGAUAAAAGAGCUGGUAUUUAUAAAUAAAUAGGGGGUUAUUUAAUUAUUAAUUAAUUUAAAUAGUGACAAAACGAUACUCUGUGACGUCAAUGCAAAUUUGCGCGCAAAUAGUCGCAUGGGCAUGGGACUUUUUGAUGAUAGGCAGAACUCCAUACUCUGUUCAGAAUCCAAUCCAAUUACACGUGACUGAUGAUAAAAAAAACGAAGUGCUGCUCUCGGAUGGUAAAGACAUGAUGAAGGAUACAACAACUAGUACCGCUACAAAGGAAACUAGUGAAGUGGACAGAGGGAAAAAUAAAAAAGACAUGGCUCCCUGGCGACUUCCAACCCCGACCUCGAUGAUAUCGAGCCAAGGAAAUCCGUUGACUCCCAUUAGCUCUCCUCAAUAUUUAUCCCCCAACGUGUUCCAAGGGCGUAACUCCCUUUGUUCCGCCCAUGACUACAACUUACGCAGAAGAAGGCCCAUGACUCUGAAGAUCGGGCCCAGACUGGUCCCCCACAAAAGCACAUCAGCCCCGACGAGCACCACCGACGGCGAGUGGCCGGCCCACAGUGGGAAAUUACUUAUGGAUGCAUUAUUGCUGGUGUCUGGUUUUAAUACGUGGGGAGCUUAG